AUGCCGGACACGCUCACGGUUAUGAGCCUUGCUACCGAAAGCCUGAGCAUCUGCAUCAAGGUCGUCUCCAUCCUGAAACAGUACGCGUCUGCCGUGAAAACUGUCAAGAAAGACCUUGUGGCUCUGCUGAAGCGAGUGGAACGUAUGCGGAACGUCCUCGGACUGCUGCGAUCCCUCGCGCUCGAACUUUCCAAGACGUCACAGAAAUCAGUGCAGCUUGAGAUCGACCGGGCUGAGUGUGAGAAUACAAUGGAUGAGCUUUUGACGUUGGCGAAGGAGGUGGAAGCCAAGAAGCAGAUCAUGUCUGGGCUCUCGUGGGGUGCGAAGAAGAGCUCUGCUGCCAAGCUGACACGGGAGCUGCGCGAGAUAGAAGAGGACAUCAUCAACGUCGUGACCGUUGUUGGCACGACUUCUUCGUUAAGAGCACAAGUCGAUAUCGAAGCAUUGAAGGUGGAAGCCGGCGGUCACUCUGAAGUGCACAUCGCCUUCGAGAACCUCUCGAUCGUCGAUGGUUCACUACAGGCUGCUACGGAAGAGCCCGGCGCGCACAAGCCCAUCCGAACAUGGCUUGGUCAUGUCCUCCGCUACGGCCACUCUGAGCAUUAUCUGGCGUGGAGAGACAGGCUGUCAGACGCGGCCUUUUGGGGCAGAUGGGAUGACGCGUGGGACGCCCUCAAGACGGGGGGCGAAGAAUACCAUGAGAUUUGGCUUAACGCGGUGCGAAUGAAAAGACUGGAAGAAUCUGAUCAGAUGUCCUUCUUCUGGAUGCCACUGCACCAGGCAGCGUACACUCGCGCUCCGAUAGAGGUCGUCAGCCGACUCAUCGAAGCAGGAGCCUCCCGUAAGGACCAUGAGACUCGCUGGACCAGAUAUUCUUGCAUGGACAUGACCGCGCUGGAGCUAGCCCGCGAGUUUGGAUUCUCCUAUCUAUACCAUGUCCUGGCGCCGGUCAUCCGCAAUCCCGUACCUUUUGUUAUCUUGACGCGAUUGCAGGAUCAAUUCCACGACAUCGUCCGCAAAGAUUUAGGCGCACGUGUGAUCGAAGAACGCAUGUACUUACCUCAGCUGGAGGUGCUGACAGAGAUGGGUAAUGAACCCAUGUGGUAUCCCGUCAAGUUCGCGUCGGCCGGUGCGGGCUAUGUGUUCCGGCUCGAUGAGCGUGUUCUGAUCGUGAGAGCCGUCACUGUGACGGGUGAUGCUGCAAUCCAGACGUACCGUAUCCCUGCGACAGAAGUGCAAUCCAUUGAUGAUGAGCUGGUCUCCGACGUCAGAGUACCGGAGGAUAGAAAAAAAGAAGAAGACUAA